GAGGCACCCUGAGAGGAGAGCCGGGAAGAGAGAAGAAAACCCCAAGCCCAGAGUCAUGGCAACCAAACCCAAGCUCUUCUACUUCUGCGGCAGGGGCCGGAUGGAGUCGAUCCGCUGGCUGUUGGCUGCAGCUGGAGUGGAGUUUGAAGAAGAAUUUAUUGAAACAACAGAACAAUAUGAGAAGUUGCUGAAAGAUGGACGCCUGCUUUUCGGCCAAGUGCCUAUGGUUGAAAUUGAUGGAAUGGUGCUCACGCAGACCAGAGCCAUCCUCAGCUACCUUGCCGCCAAGUACGACUUGUAUGGAAAAGACCUGAAGGAGACAGUCAGGAUCAACAUGUACACGGAUGGCACCCUGGACCUCAUGCUAAUGAUCGCGGUGGCUGCGUUCAAACCCCCCGCGGAAAAAGAGGAGAGUCUUGCUUUAGUCGUGAAGAGAGCGAAAACUCGUUACUUCCCCGUCUUCGAGAAGAUUUUGAAAGACCAUGGAGAGGAUUUUCUUGUUGGCAACAAAUUCAGUUGGGCAGACAUACAACUGUUAGAAGCGAUUUUAAUGGUGGAAGAGCUCGAUGCUUCUGUACUUUCUGAAUUCCCGCUGCUAAAGGCAUUUAAAACAAGAAUCAGCAACAUCCCUACGAUUAAGAAGUUCCUGCAACCUGGGAGUCAGAGGAAGCCACCCCCAGAUAGCCACUAUGUGGAAGUGGUCAGAAGCGUCCUGCACUUCUAAUGGCAGCAGGUCCUACCCUGGUCAACAGCGACGACGAUCCGUCGGGUCACAGCGUCAGUACGGGCUGCCCAGUGUAGUGAAUUGUAGAAUCUAGGAGUCAAGUGUCUGAAAAGAA